AUGGUCGUUCACGUGCUAGACAACUUCUACCUAUCCAUCACCUUCCUCAUCUCGCUCGGCUGGCAACUCCUCGGCUUCGCCAUCGCCUUUGGACUUCAAAUCGACACCAUCACCGACUUCUGGUCCGCGGCCAACGCCAUCUUCCUCGCCAUCUUCACGCUCUGCUGUGGAGACCAGUACUAUGCACGCAACGUGAUCGCCAGCGUCUUUGUCAUGGCAUGGGGUGUGCGACUGGGGGCCUUUCAGCUGUUUCGCAUGCUCAAGAUGGGCGGCGACACGCGCUUUGACGAGAUGCGCUCCAAGCCGCUCCGCUUCCUUGGGUUCUGGACGUUCCAGCUGGUGUGGGUCUGGACGAUCACGAUGCCCGUGACGGUACUCAACUCGCCCGAGUCCAGCGACCCUGCCGAGAGGAGCGGAAAUGCGAGGUUUGGCAACGGCAAGGAUGUGGUCGGUAUCAUCUUUUUCGGCGUUGGCUUUGUCGCUGAGGCGCUGGCGGAUGUGCAGAAGUAUAGGUUCAAGUCGGUGACUAAGCCGCCUAAGGGCGCGAUCACGGACGCGGGCAUUUGGAAGUACUCGCGCCGUCCAAACUACUUUGGCGAGAUCAUGCUGUGGUGGGGAGUGUGGCUGCUUGCGCUGGGCAACUCAUCCGAAGCAUCCAGCCGUGGACACGACGCGCUGUACGGCUCCAUCUUCUCGCCGCUCAUCACCAUGGCCCUGCUGCUCUUCUUGUCCGGAAUCCCUCUGGCGGAGAAACCGACACAGCAAAAGUACUUUUUGAUGUCGCAUGGUCCAGACAAGACGGGAGAGCUGGAACCCUGGCAUGAACAAACGCAGCCCGAUCCCUGGGAGAGGAUGAAGGCGUUCCGAGAACGUACCUCGCUUCUUGUGCCUCUGCCGAAUGGGUUUUACAAGAGAUUGCCCAAGAUCGUCAAGUCGACAGUGCUGUUCGAUUUCCCGUUCUACAACUUUGACGAGGCUAAGGAUGGGAAUCGGGCGAUCCGUGAGGCCGAAGACAAGAAGAACCGCGAUAGUGCAUAG